AUGAUGGCGUUCAAUUCGAAAUUGUUGAUUCUCGCCAGUUUCGUGGCGAUGACAGCGUCGCAAAAUUCGACGAGACCGCCGAGAACGUGCCGAACCGAAUCGAGAAGUGCAUGCUUUCUUGGAAAAUGUCCAGCGGGCUUCGAGUGUGUCGCAGAUCGUUGUUGCAACGAAAGAGACGUUGUGCAGCCAGGCGGCGAUUGCAAAGAUUUCGUCGACAAUUGCGAAACAAUUGAUUGCCAUAGCAUUUCCUUGCAGGAGUUCGCUAGAGCCAAUUGCGCGCGAACCUGCAACAUGUGCUACGCCACAGGACCUGUGAGCCCCAAAUAUGCUUGCACUGAUCUUCUUCCCGACUGCCAGAAUCGGACCAAACUGUGUCAGGACAUUGAUUUUGUCGACAUGAUGGCGCUGUUCUGCCCAAGGACUUGCACAUUGUGCCUCGCGAGUCCGCCAACAAAGCUGCCGACAUGUAGCGAUUUGCUCACCGACUGCGCGAAUCGCGGGGACUACUGUACGUCGAACGGUGUAUCCGACUACCAGAAGCGCGUGGGAUGCGGAAAUUAUUGCGGAUUGUGCGGCGCGAAGGCAACCGCCGCCGUCGCGCCGAUUUAUCGUUUCGGAAAAUGA